GUGUGUUUCAGAAAAAAUCACCGUGUUUUGAACUUGCAGUUUGUUUUUUGUCGAUAUGAAUGAAAAAUAAUGUCAUUAUUGUUUAAUGGUCAUCAUCGUAUGUCAUCAUCAUCAUCAACAUCGUUGACCGGUAUUAGUAAUUCAAUUGUUGCAUCUUCAGCUAUUUGUGGAAAUAAUAAUAAUAAUAUAAUAGGAAUGGCUACAUCAACACCAACACCACCAACAACAGCAACAACACCAGCACCACAAUCAUCAUCAUCAUCAUUAUCAUCAUUAACACCAACAAUAACAACAACACAAAGACAAAAUUGUUAUCUAUGUGAUUCACCACGUAUGCCAUGGGCAUUAUUACAUGAUUUUUCUGAAAUUGUUUGUCGUGGUUGUGUUAAUUAUGAAGGUGUUGAUCGUAUUGAAUUAAUUAUUGAUAAUGCACGUCAAAUGAAACGUGCAACUGGACAUUAUUUAAUUCAACAUCAACAUCAUAAUCAUCAUCAACAACAGCAACAACAACAUCAUCAUCAUCAACAACAACAACAGCAUCAACAUCAUCAACAACAGCAACAACAACAAGCAGCAAUUAAUCAUCAUCAUCAACAUGCAAUUGCUGCAGCGGCUGCUGCUGCAGCAGCAGCCAAUGCUGGUGGUAAUAUCGUUCCAUUUAUAAUUCCACAAACGGGUAAUACAAUAACUGCCGCCCAACAACAACAACAUGGUGUUGUUCAACAAACAAAUCAAAAUGAUCAUCAUCAACAAAUAAUAUCAGCUAAUUUACUUCGAUCAUCAUCAGCUGCUGCUGCUGCUGCAUUACAACAACAACAACAACAGCAAACAUUUAAAUUAAAUGGUUCAUUAACAAAUUAUGCAACAACAAUUGCUGCAAUUGAACAUUCAAAUAAUCGAUCAUCAUCACAAUCACAAUCAUCAUAUAAUGAUAAUUUAAUACGUGGAAAUUCACCACGUGGUGGUGGUACAUAUGUUACAAAUCCAUCAUCAUUAAUAUCAACAACAACACUUGCAAGUGGUGUAUUAUCAUCAUCAUCAUUGAGAAAUUCUUCCGGAAUACCAACACAAUUAUCAUCAACAACAACAACGAUGGGAGGAAAACGUACUAUACAUAUUGCUGAUGAUAUAAAUGAUGUUGAUAUUGUUAUACCGAAUCAACAACAGCAUAGACAGCAUUUAGUAAUUGAUGAAAUGAAUGCUGCUGCUGUUGCAGCAGCAGCUGUAUUAUCAGCUGGUGGUGGUGGUGGACAAAGACCACCAUUAACACGUGGUGAAUCAUUACCGGCUGUUAUGGCAGCACCUGGUUUAACAUUAGCAAAUGAUCCAACAUCAUUAUCAAGAAAAUUAUCACGUGCUGAUCAAUUACAUCAUUCAUCACAUCCAUCAAUGAGUCGUGUUAUGUCAUUUGAUUCAACGGUUUCGGCAAAAAAUCUAUCACAAUCAUCAUCGGGUAUUGUUGGUAUAACAUCGAAACAACCAUUUUAUUCAGCAGCAGCAGUUGCUGCAGCAGCUGCUGCUGCUGCAGCCGCUUCUUCUUCAUCGGCAACAUCACCACCAUUGAUUGGAAAUUCCGUAUCCGCAUCAUCAUCUUCCACUAGUCUAUUACCCAUAAAAAAAUCACGAACUUCAAAUCAAUUGAUUGAUUCAUCAUCGAUAAAUAGUCAAAAUCAAUUAUUAUCAUCAUCAUCAUCAGUGCCAUCAUCAACGGCCAAUUCAAUGGUCAAUAAUUCAAAUCAUCAACAUCAACACCAUCAACAUCAUCAUCAUCAACAACAAUUAAAUAAUCAUCAUUCACCACCAUCAACAACGACAACAACAACAACACCUCCAUCAUCAUCAUCAUCAACAUCGAAUUCAUCAACAUCGGCACCAUCAACAACAACUACAUCGGUACAAUCACCACCAUUAAAAUGUACAAUAUGUCAAGAACGUUUAGAGGAUACGCAUUUUGUACAAUGUCCAUCGGUAUCAACGCACAAAUUUUGUUUUCCAUGUUCAAGGCAAUCGAUUAAACAACAACAACAAUCGAAUGCAAAUAUUUCCGGUAGUAAUAGUGGUGGGGAAGUUUAUUGUCCAAGUGGUGAAAAAUGUCCAUUAAUGGGUAGUUCAGUACCAUGGGCAUUUAUGCAAGGUGAAAUAUCAACAAUAUUAGGUGAUGAUAAUUUAAAUUUAAAUUCUACUACCAACACAUCACAUUCAUUGAAUAAUAAUAAUAAUAGCAGCAAUAAUACCGGUAGUAAUCAUCAUCAUCAAUCAUCGACAACUACAUCAUCAUCAUCUUCAGUUUCAUCAUCUGCAUCAUCAACAACAAUGGCCAAUAAUACGAAUUCAUUACCGUCAUCACAAUCUUCUGGAUUAACGGUAUCGAUUUCAUCAUCAUCAUUAUCAUCGAUAUCGGCAACAACAGCGGCGACAACAACAUCAACACCUAUUGCUAUUGAUCAUUCAAUUACAACAAAUGGUAUUGGUGGUGGUGGUACAACCGUAUCAAAUGGUCAGCCAAUGUUAUCAACAGCAUCAGCCACAACAACAACAACAAUACCAUUUAAAGUGAAAAAAGAAAGGUCACAAGAAUAAUAAUAAUAAUGAUAAAAAAUAACAAAAUGACAAUCAAUUAUCAAUUCGUGUAUGGUUUUUUUUCCAGGC